AUGAAUGAUCUUAAAAACUAAAUCGAUUAAGUGAGAAAAAGAUGUGAAAUAGUAGUUGAAACACCUGGAAGAAUAUAGGACCUUUUGGAAAGAAUGGUUCUAAAAUUAGAUGAAAUUUAAGUGGUUGUUUUGGAUGAGGCAGAUCAAAUGUUGAAUUUUGGGUUUUAAGAAAAUAUUGAAAAGAUCAUGUCAUAUUUCAAUAAUGAUAGAAAAAUUUAAAUGCUGUUAUAUAAUGCUACUAUACUAAACAUAUUAAUUAAGAGACAUGAGGUAAUUUUAUUAAUCUAAAUAUUUAGACUUAAACUUCAACAGAGUCAAAAAUUAUGCUCUAUAAUGUGCUAAAAAUUAAUUAACAGUUGCAAUAGGUGAUAUAGUUUCAGUUUAUGGUGGUAGUCAUGCUAGAACGAUUAUUUUUUGUGAGACAAAAAGAGAAUGCAAUGAAAUUAUUAUGCAUUCUAAAUUACCGGCUGAACCACAACCUUUUACAUGAAGACAUUCCUUUAUAAUCAGUAGAACUGGUAGAGCUGGAAAGGAUGGAAUAGGUAUUACUUUUUAUUCAAAGAAGGAUAUGAGUUAUAUUGAAAGAGUUGAAAGAGAAAGAGUAGCAAAAAUAAAAUUCAUAAAAGUUUCUGCGCCUCAACAUUAAGAUAUUACAAAACAAGCUCAAGAGAUUUAGAAACUAGUUUAUAAGUAGUAAUAGAUAAAAUAAUUGUAAUAUAAUUACUAUAAUAAAGAAAUUGUUGAUUUGUUUUAACCUGUGGCUUAAGAAAUCUUAUCCAGAUGCGAUCCAGUAGAAGCUUUAGCUAGAGCUUUAGCAUGUGCGAGUGGUUACAAGGAUAUACUACAGAAUAGAUCUAAUUUGGAAACUUUUGAGGGAUAUAUAACGUAUGUUUUAAGAUUAUCAACUCCAUUUCAGGCUUGUGGUUAUACUUGGAAAUUCUUAUAGAAUAACUUUUCAGAAUAAAUUUGCAAUACAUUAAAGGUAUCAAAAAAUUAAGAAAUAAGAAUGGUAUUGCAUUUGAUAAUAGAUGUCAAGGAAGAAUUUGAAAGUCAAUACUAGGAGAUAUCUCAAAAUUGAUAUUGUAGAGGAUUUGAAAUUGAAUAAGUGACUAGUCUCCCACAUACAGUUGAAGAAUAAUUUUAAUCACAUCAAAAUUAUCAUUAAUAACUAACAGUUUAAGUGUCUUAAACAGUUAAAAAAUAAUAAGAAAUAUUUAUUGGUGGAUUAGAUUUUAAAUUACAAAAGAUUAAAUUACAAACGAAUUCAAAAAUAGAGGAGUUGAGUUAUUUAAUCUCAGAUUAUUAAGAGGCUAGGAUGGUUAGUCUAAAGGAUCUGCUUUUGGAUUAUGUAGAUCUAAAGAAAUGUUAUCAGUGUAAUAAACUAAAAUGGUACCAAAUUCGGAGGAAGAAAUAUUCGUAUCCAUAUGGCAAAUGA